AAGAAAUCAGAGAGCAUAUCUGGCGUAGACCAGACAGAGUCAAGCCGCUGAAUGAACUGAAGCUAAGAGGCCUUACUCAUUUAAAAGGAAAGCAGGCUGGAGGUCAUCUGCAUAUGCUGCUACAAAGGUCAACCGGUACACAGAGAGAACUGAUGGAACAAGAUCUGAAGUCGAAUAUUCUCCCGAUUCAUCAAAUUCUACAAGUGAAGGCUGAAGAUUAUCAUGGAGUAACAUUCUACACUUACAGACUUCAACGCACUGACGGGAGCGAAUUUACUUGCCAAGAGAAUGACUUCAUCAUGCUGAAACCGGACGACAUCUAUCAAAUGUUCAUGGCCU